UCGAAUCUCAUGAUCCAUCCACAAAUGACAGUGAUUCUUCUUCUCUAGAACUGUCAGUAUGUAAAUAGCUGAGUUACAUGACUGCAAUUAUGAGACCAUGUCACUCCUACUGAUGAGAUCAUAUUUUAUUUAUUUUUAAAUCUGCCUUGCUGCGAAAGCCUAUUCUCAUAUCACCAGUUUCUGAUGCAUGGAUUACUAGAUUCAUUGAGAGUUCAAUUUGUUUUAACCAUCUUAUUCGGAAGUUCCAGAAAUCAGUAUAUAUAUACGUCAGCUGUUUACGCAGUAUUUAUUAUUGUAUUCGAAAAUACUCACGAAAUGCAGAUAUUUGUAAAGACUUUGACUGGUAAGACGAUCACGUUGGAGGUGGAGCCUAGUGAUACUAUUGAGAAUGUGAAAGCGAAGAUCCAAGACAAAGAAGGUAUUCCUCCUGACCAACAGCGUUUGAUAUUCGCUGGUAAACAGUUGGAAGAUGGACGUACUCUGUCUGACUACAACAUCCGCAAAGAGUCGACUCUGCAUCUUGUCCUUCGUCUACGUGGUGGAAUGCAGAUAUUUGUAAAGACUUUGACUGGUAAGACGAUCACGUUGGAGGUGGAGCCUAGUGAUACUAUUGAGAAUGUGAAAGCGAAGAUCCAAGACAAAGAAGGUAUUCCUCCUGACCAACAGCGUUUGAUAUUCGCUGGUAAACAGUUGGAAGAUGGACGUACUCUGUCUGACUACAACAUCCAGAAAGAGUCGACUCUGCAUCUUGUCCUUCGUCUACGUGGUGGAAUGCAGAUCUUUGUGAAGACGUUGACUAGUAAGACGAUCACGUUGGAGGUGGAGCCUAGUGAUACUAUUGAGAAUGUGAAAGCGAAGAUCCAAGACAAAGAAGGUAUUCCUCCUGACCAACAGCGUUUGAUAUUCGCUGGUAAACAGUUGGAAGAUGGACGUACUCUGUCUGACUACAACAUCCAGAAAGAGUCGACUCUGCAUCUUGUCCUUCGUCUACGUGGUGGAAUGCAGAUCUUUGUGAAGACGUUGACUGGUAAGACGAUCACGUUGGAGGUGGAGCCUAGUGAUACUAUUGAGAAUGUGAAAGCGAAGAUCCAAGACAAAGAAGGUAUUCCUCCUGACCAACAGCGUUUGAUAUUCGCUGGUAAACAGUUGGAAGAUGGACGUACUCUGUCUGACUACAACAUCCAGAAAGAGUCGACUCUGCAUCUUGUUCUGCGCCUACGUGGAGGCAU